AUGUAUCUAGAUAUCAAAAAAGACUUGUGGGAAGAAGACGGGUUCGAUCAUAGAAUCAAAUUGAUAGCCCAGCAGCAAGUAGAUGGAGAGGAUGAGCUUCAGCAGCUGAGACAAGAGAACAGAUCGCUUAGAGAAGACGUCAACAUGUUGAAAUCCAUAGUGAUUAAUCUGGAGAGAACAGUAAUUAAAAGUCAGAAUGAAAUCAUUGAUCUCAAAUCGAGAUCAAUGAAACAAAAUAUUUUAAUUCAUAAUCUCCCUGAAGAGGAUGGCGAAAAUCUAUUUGUUAAAAUCCCAGAGCUUAUCAAGACGCAUUUUAAAGUAGAUACAUCUUUCGCAAAUAUUCACAGAAACGGUCCAAAAAUACAAGGGAAGCCAAGAACCAUCACUGGGCGACUCAACAAAUUUACGGAUAAGGACUUGAUCCUGCAGGCACAGAGGGAGAACAAAAAUCAACGUACAGAACAAGCAGAGGAAAUCGACCAGAAUUCUUCCUUGCAACACAAUUCAACAUUCUUCAUCACGCCACAAACUCCAAUUGAAUUGUCAGAAAAUCGAAAGAAACUAUUAGAAUUAAACAACAAAUACUGGAAAGCUAACGUUAAGACACGCAUUGUGGGAGAGAAACUUGUAUUCCCAAAUGGAAGUAUACAUAGAGAUAAAGUACAGAAACCAAAAGCAGAACAAAUCCUAGGAAUGGAUCAAGCAGAAAGAGAGGCGCUUAAGAAGAUUAAAGUGACAGAGUUGGAAACAAAUGAAGGAGGGAACAUCUUCCGAGGGAUGGGGGCAGCAACGGAGUGCUAUAACCAAGUGCGCGACAUGUACAAGAAAACAUUCUGUGAUCAAUCCAAUGCCAAAGCUGAUCACAACAUACUUGUUUACAGAUUUCGAGAUUCAAGCGAACAGACUCACGAGGGAUACAACGAUGAUGGUGAGUUCGGCGCAGGGCGUAGAUUAGUCAAAAUAAUGCAGAACUUACAAGUCACAAAUAUGACGGUUGUUAUAUCGCGCUUUCAAGUGAAGCACAUCGGCGGUCGUCGAUUUGAAAUUCUGGAAAAUCUUCUGACUGACGUGGUUCUUCGACACACUAGUCAUUGA